AUGAGAAACCACCAAGAACACCAACAGGAUCAAGAAGUACUCAUGGUUUCAAUGGAAUAUUCCCAGGAAAACCCUAAUCUUGAAACCACCCACAACCACCGCCACCACCAUGUCAUCGUUCCGGUAGAUUCCCAAAAAAAGUCUCAUCUUGAAACCACCCACAACCACCACCAUGUCAUGGACGUUCCAAUGGAUUCCCAGAAAAACCCUAAUCUGGAAAGCACCCGCCACCAUGGCCCACCAUCACCAUCGUCUUCUUCACAAGAUUUCAAGAGAACCCAUCAUCAGCUUAUUAUGAGUCAUGUUGUAAAGAAGACUGAUCAUGUAGAUCAAGGGUGCAUGGUCAGCAAGAAUGCUCCUCAAGGGAUCACAAAACCUUAUGUUUCUUGUUCUUCGUUGGCGGCCGGAGGAGACAUGACUACACCUGCACCACCACCACCACAACCACAAGAGAGGUUGGCCGUGGUGGAGGAGAGUGGAAGAGAGAAGCUAAAGAGGCACCGGGUUGAGAUGGCGGGUCGGGUUUGGAUCCCAGACAUAUGGGGACACGAAGAUCUGCUCAAAGACUGGAUAGAUUGCACUGUGUUUGAUUCUUCUUUGGGGAACAACAACAUAAUGUUGGCACGAGCAGCUUUGGUUAAGGAGAGAAGAUCAACCUUAAGAAUAGAUAACCGAUGCUGA